AUUAUACUGUUGCUUUCAAAAGCCCUAACACUUUCAGAAGCAGGUUAGUCCAUCCAAAAGACCAAAUUCCAAAAGAAGACAGGUCAGGUAUUGUCUACAAGAUCACCCGCAAAUAUCGUGACAAUUGAUAUGUUCGAGAAUCAGGCAGGGUUCUUAUUGAACGACUAAAAGAACAUAAAAGAUCGCUCAGAUUGAACAAGGGCGUUUUUAGUAGGUCCAUGGAUCGAACAAUCCAUCCCAUUCAGCUGUAGCAGAAAACGCUCUCAGUACAGGUCACAAGAUUGGAUGGGAUGAUGGCCAUGCUAUUGACUUUGAAAGCAACCUCUGGAAAAAAAAGGUGAAAGAAAAUCACUGUGGAUAAAAAUAUUAAUACAGUACUGCAUAGAGACUCUGGAUAUUCGUUGUCACCCAUCUUUGGCCCAGCGAUUAAGAGACAUAGAGUUACAGAUUGCAGGCAGCAUCGUAUAUGACUCAUCACUUGGCUUGAGAAAGUCCACAGGAGUGGAUAAAAGCUUUCCCCCAAAUAUUUAAGGAUUGGACUGAUGAAUUUCUACGAUGGGAUCCCGCUGAUUUCGAUGGACUAACAAGUUUCAAACUGACCUCUGACCUCAUUUGGAUGCCAGAUAUCGUCAUAUACAACAAUGCUGCUGACUCCUACGAUACAUACAUGUUCAACAAGAUUGUGAAGAUCGAACACACUGGCCAUGUGAACUGGGGUUCUCCGCACAUCAUCCAGACGAGCUGCCAGCUAGAUGUGGCCAACUUCCCUUUCGAUUACCAGCAUUGUGAUGUCAAGUUUGGCCCAUGGCAGCACGAUGGAUCUGAGUUAGCAAUCACAGGAUCAGGUGAUAAUACAGUGUAUCGCAGUGAUGGUGAGUGGGAUAUGAUAGGUCUGACUACCGUUACUAAUCAACAAACUUAUCCCGACUCACCCGGCAUAUCGUAUUAUGACGUCACGUACACAAUACAUCUCAGGAGACGGGCGAUGUAUUACGUAUUCAACCUACUGGUUCCUUGUAUCCUGAUCGCAUCAAUCACUCUUCUUGGUUUUCUACUUCCGGUUGAUUCAGGAGAGAAGGUGUCUCUGGGUAUUACAGUCCUUCUCUCACUCACUGUCUUUUUGCUUCUCAUCGCUCAAUCAAUGCCGCCCUCUAGCGUCGUACCCAUUAUAGGUCAAUAUUACGUAUCGACCAUGGUGCUUGUCUCGAUAUCUAUCCUCCUAACGGUGUCAGUGAUCAACCUACAUCAUCGUGGUCCAUACUGCAAACCAGCUCCGAGAUGGGCACGGAGGAUCAUUCUCGGCAGGAUAGCAAAGUAUCUACGGCUCCAACCUGACCAUUUCAAGAACAUGAAGUUUGCUUCGGAUAAGAGCUACUACAAUGCCAACGGAAUCAACACGUCAUCAUCGGGUACCAAUAACUUCAGAAGCAAGAUUGUCGAAAAACGGGAGGGUUACAAGAGCGAGAAGGUGAAGGUGACUGCACCUAACGAGUCUCCAAUUCUCGGCAUCCCCCGGGGCUCCCGUGGAAGGGAAGGCUGCUGUGAUAAUAGCGACGAUCAGACCAUUCUACUCCGACGAAUAAGCGAGCACAUGCGAUACAUCCGUGAUCAUUUUGAAGAAAUCGAUGAUUCUGAAGAUAUCAAGAAUGAAUGGAAGCAGAUAGCAUUGGUUGUCGAUCGUGUAUUCGCCAUCUUCUACGUAGUUGGCUCGAUCGGCACGAUCAUGAUCUUGGUCUUCAAGAUAUCAUGAUCGCACUGAAAGAUGGUGGCUAUCGUCGAUAUAUCGUUAGAUCGUCAUCACAAGAUGGUCGUCUGAUAUGAAGCUUUGUGAUUCUUCUGGGCAGGGAAAUCUAUCUCGAUAUACACAAAGAAGAAUAAAAACUUUCGAUUGCUUGUAUUAGCACUGAUAUAAUUGAGGCGUAUGGAAUGCUGGAGAUGGUCAAAGAAUCCCCAUAAAUAUCAACAAUGAUUCCAGGACUAAAGUAUGUUUUAUCCAAAAGGAUCAUGCAAUCCAGCUAUGUAUAUUGCAAAAAUAAUAUGUGUAACAUAAUUCACAAAUCUAAACGGCUUACUUUUACCGAAAUAGUUCAGACUCAUUUGGAACGUGGUUUGGGUGAUUGUUCGUAAAUCUAUUGAUUUUAAAAGUAGUACAUAGUUUGUAAAAUGGAUUUGACAUUAGAGAAAAGGGAGUGUAUAAUUAUAUAGGGCAAUCAAGAAGUACUAGUAUACAUGUCCGACCCCAAUAUGUUGGAACUUCCUGAAAUGAUUUGUCUCUUUCAUUCUACUACACGUGACUGUUCGCAAUGCAUUUAAAUUAUAUAUGCUCAUCAAGCAAAGUAAGAAUGGAAGAAAAUAUGGGUCGGAUGUAAAUACUAAAACAUUGAUUUUUUUCUUGGCAUUGUCCUACAGUAAAAAAAAAAAGAGAAAAAAGGUAGCGAGAUACAUUUCAUUUCUGAUAAGAUGUAACCAAUAUAUGUAACCCGUAAAAAGGUGUUUUUGGUAGUAUUGUUAUUUUCGUGACAUUGUUGUGUUAUUCUUUAUGGAUAGGAUUGAGUUUUAUCAUUUUGAAGAAGCAGUUUCAUAGGUAAAUUGUGUAAUGUAUACUGCAUGCUGGCUAGGACACUGUAUAUAACGUUUGCAUUUGUAAUAUAAUAAAUUCUGCCCACGGCAAUCAAUCAUGACCAAAGGGCCCUUAAGUAAUGUCAUCAUGGCAGAAUGAUAUACGGGCAUCAAAGUAAAGAAUCAAUAUGUGUUCUUAUAUAUUAAUUUCUUGAUUUUUAAUCUUCAGGUCUCUUGCUCUUGCACCAAGUACCUGUCCAUCAUAAUGAAAUGAUUUGUACAAAGAAACAUACUGUCCCAGAAAAAAGUAGAACGGCGGAAUUUAAUUACUUUGCCUUCAAAAUGUAUUCUUAUCGUCAUUUCUUAAAGCAUCUCCUUAAGUAUUUUAAGAGACAUGCUAUCCUCGUUUUUUGCUGAAUUAAGAAAUUUUUUUUUUUGAAGCGAAAGUAAUGUGAGGAGCUCGCUGCCGUGGCUCAGUACGUCACCUUGUACCGUAGGGGCCGCGGAACCGGGGGGGGGGGGGGGGGGGCUAGUGCUUAUAUAUUCCGAAACCGUGUACAGAACUUUACUAAUUACCAUCUGCUUGUUAAGUUUUUGCAUGGUCAGCCCACGCGUUUCGGGUCAACCACCCUCUUUCAAAACCGUUCCAAGCCCCUUGACUUACUUGAAAUUGAUCAGCCUCACAUCUGCACGCAAUCAUCAGAUCAAUAAACAACUCGCACAUAAAAAAACAAAAGUUCAAUAUUCAGGAUAACGAACGAACUUACCUUUGGUGGGUGCCCAACCCUAACAAAUAAUGAUCUCAAAAGUGCUCAUAGGCUGGGACACCUGCAACUAAGUUGAAUUCACAUAAAACAUGCGAGGCCUCAACUCCCAAGUGUGGACGGAUACGCAUGUAUGAAAUCAUUCGUUCCGGUAUUCACCUAAAAUCUACCGUUCCACUUUUUCUCCGACAAAGUUUUCAGACUUUCAAAUAUGGCAUGUACAGAUAUAAGUAGUAGUUAAUAAGUAGUGUUUUUAAAGUGUACAUAUUUCCUUGAGUCUUCCUCAACCGUGUAUUGGCAAUAAGCAGAGCUGGAAUUUGCUGUUGGAACAUGGAAAUAUUAUAUACCGUUUAAUGGCAUGUACAUUCGAAAUCGUUAGCCACGUGUUCUUGUAUUUUAAUGUGCAAAAUAUAAUGCAUAUUAUAUCCCUGGUUUGCAGGGGCAGCGCCAGAGGAGGUGGGGGGGGGGGGGGGGCUCCCAAUGAUUUUUCAAAUGGUGAAAAGAGGAGAAAAGGAGGCGACGGUGGAAGAAAUAGGAAUAAAAUAUGAAAGCGUAUAGCAAAGGAAUUUUUUGGGGCGUUUAACGCUACAGUACCUCUCCAUAUUCAAUUGAGAGAGAGAAAAUAAAAGAAUGUCGUCACCUAUAGGUCUUCUUGUCUUCUGGACCCCCCUCUAUCGAAGUAAGCUGUCCCCGGCCCUCUUGAUGUGCAAAUGUGCUCUCCAAUUGAAGCACAAUAACAUGUGCCAUAUUUAACUAUCAAAAUGAUAUUGUAGUUAUUUUUGUUCUUUUAUUGACUCGAUAAGUAUCGUAAUGUUGAGGGAAGGGUGAGGGUUCUUUUUGUAAUCCAGUAGUCUCUGUCUCUCAGUUAUACUGCAAAGUUCCAUCGGAACUCUCAAGUACCAGUCUUGUCCUUGGUAAGAGGGCGUUCUUCAAACCUUUUAACGCGGUACAAGAUAUAGAUUUAGCCAUGAAUAAGAGUGCGUAAAGUAAGCACGAUAUAAAAAUGCACAAUGCACAUAAUGCACAAGUUCCAAUACGCACAAAUUGUACUGAGGGUCUUUGCUUUUUUUAUUGACUUAGCUUUGAUUUUGGAUUCAACAUCGGUAGUACACGCCGAUGUGCGAAGAAUGUCAGUGCUAUACACUCAAAUUAAAUUAAAAAGAAAACUGGAAUGUGAAAUAAAAAUAUUGAUAAACAUUUUAAUAAUGUGCUAAAUAGUUCAACUCUUUUGCCUCCCUAAAUGUACAGAUUUAUAUAGAUGAUAAUAAUAUGGAUCUAAUAAUUAUCUAUGCGAUGCUACAUGUAUAUAAACGUGUUGUAUAUGCAUGGUAAUCAUUUACGCAGUACAUUGCUUUAACUACUUGAUUAGAAUAUUCUUUUGGAAUGGAAAUGAUAUUAAAUUUUACCUUUCUUCGAACGUUGA